CCUGCAGAUAAAGGACAAAAGAAUUUAAAUAAUAAACAUUUAAAUCAGAUAUAUAGGGAAGUAGAAGAAACCUUAGAUAAGGUAUUACCUUCAAAGAAAGGAAAAAAGAAGGAAGAAGAUCUUCCUAAAGAUCAACCACGAAAAAUGGGUCAAAUCAUUAAACAAAAGCUAAAUAGAUUAGAUAAAGCUAUAGUCGAUGGAGAAAUAGCUAAAGAUACAGAAAUUGAACAAACAAUUCAAGACCUUAAUUGGAGAUUAGAACAAAUAAAUAAAACUUACAGUUAUACUCAAGGUUUAACUGAAGAAGAAAUAGAAGAAUAUCUGGGAUCAAUACAAAAAGUAACAAAAAUUAAAGAUUCCGACAAACCGGCAGAAACAAGAAGAGAAUACUUAUAUGAAGUAUUAUCAACACUAAACGAAACAAAUGAUGCAACGAUAUGGAAACAUCGAGAAGAUAUAAAAGAACUUCAGGAAGAAUAUAAUAGAGAUAUUCAUGGAAUAUUAGGAAUAACCACUGAAGAAUUCAAUGAUAUGGGACUCAUUGAACAACAAGCAGCAGUAAGUGCGCUGAUAACAGCACAAGCACACUGUAAAGAUGAACCUACAAAACAAGCAUUAUUUGAGAAACACAAAGAAUUCUUAGAAUCUCAAUUAGAAAAAGUAGGAGAUAUGCAUGAUGAUACAGAAAUUCAAGGAAGAAUUUAUGGAGACGUCAUUAAUGCAAGAAAAAAGAAAAAACCACAAAUAUUACUGCCCGAUCCAGAAGGAAGAAGUACUUACAAACCAUACGAACAAUAUAAUGUGCCAAGAGAUAGACAAUUUGCCAAAGAAAAUGAACAAAUUGGAAUAAAAAUACCACAUUCACCGACAGACGAUGUAUUCUUAGAUGAAAGGUUAUCACAAAUCUCUAAAAGAAAUGAAAAUAUCCCGCAAGGAGCAUUACCAAAAGUAACAAAAUUCUUCGAAGAUGUAAAACAAGGAAUUAAAAAUAAAUUCACAUCUAGACCAACAACACCUUCACCAUUAAGUCAACACACCAUAAGUAGAUCGCCCACACCUACUAUUGAAAACAAUAAUAAUAAUGCAUUUAAUCGAAAAAGAGAUGAAAGAGGUUAUACACCAUCACCAAAUCCUUAUGAAAGAAAACAAACAAGAUACAAAAGCCCAAGUCUUAGCUCAAAACAUACAGAUCAAAUUUCUAAUGAAGAAAUAGAGGAAGUAAAAAUACUAUAUUAUGAUAAUGUACAUAAUGAAGGACAAUUCUCAACUUACAGACCAGUACAAGGAACCUUUAGGGGACAAACAUAUACUACAUAUGUACCUGAAGCAAAUAAAAUACUACAAGAAAGAUGUGGAAAUAAAGUAUGGAAAAUACUUAGAGAUGUAUUAACAGAAUACGUAGAUGAAUUUAGAGAAAAGCAAGAAAUGAGAACUUCCGUAAAUAAUAACGUAAUUCCUGAUAUUCAAUUUAUAUUGAAUAAAAAAGAUAACAAAAUUCCUGAUAAUGAUAAAAAUCAAGGAAUUAGAAAAUAUACUGUAGAUGAAGAAAAAAUUAUUAAAGAACUAUGCGAAGAUUUAGAGAAAAAUGAUGUUAUAUAUCCUGGAUAUAGCGAAUGGGCAA